UUUUACCUGAGUUCGGUCCCUUCUAUGUUGUAACGAUUUGUUAUCCUACCUGGUUGAUUGUCAUACAUAAUAGUCUCGAUCGGGGCCUAUUACCUGAGCGUCGUAUACUAGACCAUAGGUCACGGCUGAAAACAUCUCGAGUUUUGUAAACAGAAAGUGAAUUCGAGUUUUGGAACAUGUUUGAAUUUUUUCAUGGAUGUAAAAUUAGAAAUGUAAUCAACACCUAAAGUGCCAUUGUUUCACGAAAUGGAGGAACCAGACGGGGAAUUACCUGUCCAUAUUGAUGUCCAGGAGCAACACAAGAAAGAUGGGACCUACCAUUACUCCUUUACCUACGAACGGGCCACUUUAUACGAAUUUCAGUUUGAACGUGCCCCCCAUCCCGACCCUAAGGACCCGUGUUUCCGGUGCAACAGGCGAGUUCUACCCCAUGAUCAGGUCCGGGUGGAUGUUGUAUUCCACAAACAAUGCUUCCGGUGUCGUAUUUGUGGACUGUUGUUGACUAUGCAGACAUUUUACAGAAAUGAUGCCAACGAUUCUUCGGAUAAAGAAGUUUAUUGUAAAACCCACGUGGGAAAGAAAAUUAGACAAGUGAAAUAUGAGUGUCAACCGUUAGAGUUCGAUAUCGAGAACGCAUCACACCACAGUCAACUGAACAACAUAAGAUAUGGUGAGUCAUUACGCAGGACUAAUCCAAAGCCAGUCCCAAGCCCCCGUACCCACAGUCCGCGAGAGGGAAGCCCCAUAGGUACCCCUUUAGGACACAGUCCCUCAGGAUCGAGUAUGGUCAGCGUCACUCCCAGGACGAUGAACGGAAGCACCUUCAAUUCGCAUUAUCCAAACAUGACUGAUUUCAACACCACUUUUGGAUCCACCCCCGGGUAUAAUCGACCAAGACCCGUGCUUCAGUCGUUCGAAGACUUUGAAACCAGUGGUGUUUUCGAGGCACAGUCGGUAUUGGAAUCGAGGCACCGUGAGGAGGAAGAGAGGCUACAAAGAUUCCUUUUAGAGGAGAGAGAGAAGGAAAUGCGGAAACUGGACGACAGUAUUGCUGUGGAGAAAGACAGGGCCGCUGCUGACCUCUUAAGUAGUUUUGAGCAUAUGUCAAUGUCGGGAUCUACCCCAAAUCUCAUGGCUGAAAGAGAGAGAAUUGAAGAUCACUUCCGACGCAUGCGCGAAGAAAAGUUUAAAGUGAUGAUGGAUAAAAUUGCGACGGAGGAGAAAACUAGAACAGCCAAAAUGUUGGAUCGUCAUGGGCAAGAAAUACUGUUGUUGAUAGCGAAAAAGGACAGGGAAAUUGACCGGAGCGCCCUGUUUGACCACUCCAUGAAGCCUCCCAUAAUUCCUCCAGAGACAAAAAAGGUUGAUCUAUACAAGUCACCAGAGGUGUUCAAAAAGCUGGACGAGAGGGCAAUAGAGUUAGCCAACAAGGACUACGGCAAUUUCACAGAACUGGUGAAAGACUUGACGAGAGACUGUCAGACAGAACUGGAGAAAGUCAGGGUAAUUUUUCGAUGGGUUAUUGCGAAAGACCUAGGUAAACACAACGUCAAAGAAAUAGUGCGGCCAAAUUCUACAGCUUCCCUUCUGCGGGGAGUGAGAACUGGAAAGGAGACCUACCACCAACUGUUCAAAAAGCUCUGCAAUUUUGCUGGUCUGCAUUGCGAAAUCAUCCUUGGUUACUCGAAGGGCGCCGGAUACAAACCUGGAAUGCGAAUGGAUGGAACGUCAUUUCGAAAUUCGUGGACAGCUGUUUCCAUAGACGGAAAUUGGCGGCUUGUCAACUGCACAUGGGCAGCACGUCACGUGACUGGACACAAAGAUGACCUGCCGGAAAUUUUCUUCAAGUAUGACGAGUUCUAUUUUUUGACCGACCCCGAGGAUCACAUUUACCAACACUACCCUGAUGACUCACAGUGGCAGCUAAUUGACAUUCCAUUGCCUUUCUCAGAGUUCCUCAAUUUGCCUGUCGUAAAAUCACCCUUUUUCAAUUACGGACUACGGUUUUACUCUAAUUACGGUGCAACAUUAACAACAGAUUCCGGAAUGGUUGAAGUUCGUCUGAUUUCAUACAAGAUAUUAGGAUUUGGUCACGUAUUGGAGUCCUACGAUAAAUCUGUUGAUGCAAGAUCACUUGAGGGCCGUGUACUUCUUCGCCACGUGAAAAACGAAGCCAUAUUCACCAUUAACUUGCCGAAAAGAGGACUGUAUUAUUUUUCAAUUUACACAGGCGACUAUUGGCACUCAGAUUGUCUGGAAAGUGCUGCAUCAUUCUUAGUCAACUGUACAGAUAGCAUGGGAUCCCCCUCCCCACCGUAUCCCCCCGUACCAUUUUACGGACCAACGCCCAUGAUGGAAACUCUCAAAAUAGAGACCAGUAAUCAGCUCGACCCGCUGAUUGUGUCAAAUGGGGAGUCCUUAGACAUUAGUUUUAAGCUUUCGAAAGAUAUCAAAGUUACGCACACGUUUCAAUACUUUGAUGCUACUGAUGGUUCGGUUUCGGACAUAGAUCGUUAUGUAUUCCUACGCUCGCGGACGGAUACUGGUGCAACGUACAUGGUCAGGUGUCCGAAAGAAGGAUAUUACAUCUUUUCGAUGUAUGCAGCAGAUGAGAGCAAUGAAACAUUAGACUGUGUAUACAGAUACCUAGUCAUCUGUCAGCAAGCAAACCAAGCAACUAAUGUGUUUCCAAAAACUUAUCACAAAUGGCAACGGUGCACAUUGCAUGAGCCGGUGUACGGGGACCUCAUGACGAACAAGCGCUAUUCUUUCCGCUUAGAUGUUCCCCAAGCGGUCGAGGUAUUUCUGGUCAUUGGAGAUAUCUGGCAUCAUCUCAAACGGAAGCUGGGAUUCACUUGGGAGGGGAAUAUCAAUACGGGGAAAAAUCCUGGAACCGCGAAAAUUUACGCUAGAUUUUCUGUGGAUCGCGACGCUUCCCUUUUCUCUCAUCUGCUAGACUACGAAUUAAUCGAGGAUGCUGAAACAGAAAUAUAGUCUAGGGUUUACAAUGUAGGGCUAUUCACUUUAUUUAUUUGCAUUUAAUGACUACAUGUAUUUAUCAUGCUAUAGAUGUUGUGAUUUUGUUAAUGCUCUGAAUUUUAUGAAAUUUACUAUAUACGUUAUAUUGUGCUGCGGUGUUUAGUCAUAAACAGUUGUCUCAUUGUUGUGUGCUUGAUCAUCCACGUGCUAUAAAAGUUUGAUUUCCCAUUGAUGAUUUAUGAAUCAAUAAAUGCUUAAAUAUUA